AUGCCCGGAGUGGCGCCAAACAAACCGCCUCUUCAGCUGCUCGGCCGGCGGGAGACAAGGAGAGCGGGCCGCAGGGCUCUUCCCAGCCGGGAAAGGAAGCGAGGCCGGGGCCACGAGAACAAUGGCCGCCGCCCAGAGGGAGCACGGCAGGCCACUCGCCGGCGGCCUUUCACGCGCGCAGGGAGGGAGGGAGGAAGCGCGGGAGAGGGAGAUGCGACGACCCUUGAAGGCAACUACUCCACUACUGGUGUAAUAAUAACUUUUAUAAACAAGGCGACCUCACGGCGGUUUUGUUCUUUGAAACCACUUCUGGAGGACAUUGGACUAUUUAUCGUUCACUAUUUUAAAAAUGUAGCUCCUCCUUUCCCGUUGGUGGUUAAUUCUUCUCGUAUAAGUAACUCCUUAAGUAAACCCAUUAACCCCCUUUCCGAUUCGAUUGGCUCACUUCAAUUGUCCACUUGCGACCAGCAAGGUUCCCCUAAGGACAUAUGCAACGAAUCACGCGACUCGGAAGACCUCCAACUUAUCGAAGUUUUUCCCGACCUUCCUCGAGAGGAGCAAAUAAAAAUAAUCAAUAGAAUAGAUCGUCUGAAGGCCGACUUACAACAACAGCAUCAGCUGCCUCCUCCCAUCCCCUCCAGACCCUCAGUAACAUCCACCAAGGGCUCCUCCUUACCGCAUACCAAGGUUUCCACCUCACCCCUUGUUUCUUGGACAGAGAUGCGAUACCUGGCUCCCAAUGGGAUUGAAGUAUCCCAACCUACACAGGUUCCCCGGCGCUCCAAACGGGGGGACAAAUUGCCUAUUACAAACGUUCAAAAGCCUGUGGGGCCUGCUUGUGUGCAGGAUCGCAAAGGUCACUCCUUCAGGGGGGCUUCCAAACCAGCAUGGAAGUGCCCCUGGUUCAAGUGGAGGAGCAAAAAAACCACUCCGGAAAGUGAAGCCAGGCCAGAGCCGCCAACAGAUGAGGCCAUCCCCUCGCCUGAUCUGAGUAUCUUAGGGAGUGGAAAUGAAGGCUGGCUACAAAACCUCUUGGCACAGGAGUCUCUCAUACUGCCCCCCCCCAAGCCCAAGCCCAGGAAAAUGCCCAUUCUAGAGGUUUGCCCCCUGAGAUCUGGGAGCACCCCUUUUGCCAUUCUGCCGUCUUGCAAACCAUAUUGUUCUUUCCUGGUUAAUAGCCUGAACUCGUCUGGGAUGAAAGAUUUCUGUCAUGCAUUUCCUCCACCUCUGGAGAGGCCUGGGCCAGGGGGCAGGAUACCUUGCCCUACGACAAGAACGCUGCAGCUCAAGCCAUUGUGGGCAUUUCUAUAGGUACAGGAAAACUUCCAAUUUUCUUAUAUUACAAGAGCAUCAGUGAGAAAUGGGACAUUUCCCUCCACAUACUGAGAAUGGCAAUGGAAGCCAUCUAUAACCUCAGCUUCUUGAAACCUCCCUUGCAGAUGCAGAACAAAUCCAACAUAAUCAACUUGACAUUUUAUGAGACUUAUGAAAUAAUAGAACUUGGCGAGGAUGACAACAAGGCAAAUUAUUUGUUGCUUUGAGGCAAAUUCUUCGUUGCUUUGAUCAUGAUUUUGGUGUUUUGACUUCUAUUCAACUAAUUUCCUUGUAAUCUCCUGCUCUCAAUCUGUGGAUCCACCUUAAUGAAAAUGGUCUUCACCAUCAGGAGCUCACAGAGAUGUUUCUUUUAAUGCUGAAAGGUCUCCUAGCAGGGGCCCCAACCAUGCCAACACUCUCGUGCAUAUAUGAAGCAAGUGUGCUAUGGGCUGGGGAUAUGUUUCAUUUAAGCGGAGCCUGGCAGGGAGACUCAAAUUCAUUCCCCCCCUCUGGGGGCACAUGUUUUAUCAGCAGAAUCACCCACCAGGCACCCCUUGGGCCCUUCCGCAUUUGGUAGGUAAGCUGAACACUCUGAAACACUGUCCCAUAUGUCUGGCAACAUGCUGCUGAGUAGCCUGAAGCAUGAUCUACGUGUCCAGGCAUCAACACUUACGUUAUUUUAUUUUAUUAUUGCAUUUAUACCCCAUCUUUCUACCGAGCUGAAGGUGGCGUAUGCCAUUCUUCUCCUCCCCAUUUUGUCCUCAUAAUAACCCUGUGAGGUAGGUUAGGCUGAGAGAGAGAGUGACUGGCCCAAGGUCACCUAGUGGCUGAGUGGGGAUUCGAACCCUUGUCUUCCAGAUCCUAGUCUGAUGCACUAACCAGUAUACCAUACUGGCUCCUUUAACCAAGCAGAGUCCCAAACCCAAAGUGUUGGUGACUCCCUUACCUGCUGGGGAAGGGCACCCCACACAAACAAGGGGCCACCUUUCCCAAGGCCCUUUCUUCACAUCUGGGUGGAUCAGCAGGGAAGGGCACCGAUGCAGAUCUGGGGCUCAGUCAGGUAGGCAAAGGAGGUAUUUUCAAACAUUUUGGGAGAGUAAGCUAGGGAUAUCUGCUAGUGGGAGAGACUCCUUGGUGGGUAGUGGUGGCAGCCUGCCUUGAUAACUCAGACCAGUCCCCAAGUUUUGAAGUAUUCUUUCCUCCCACAGGAUCUCAGCUUUUUUUGUGUCACCAGGAGAGAUUGAGGAGGAAAGCGAUCUGGCGGCCAACCUCUGGUGGCUGCUGGCCCAUGCAGUGAUUCUGCUGAACCUGACCCUGGAGUCUGUCCUGGCUGUGCCCGAGAACCAGUGAAGAAGAACUUCACAUUGAAGUUCUAGAGUGAGAUUCUGUGCAACCCCAGAGAAUGGACAACAAAGGAGGGAUCUGUGUGUGUGUGUUUCUUGUUCCAGGUUUUUUGUUGUUGCUGUUAUAUAUA